AUGGCCAGCAACAACGACGUCGCAGCUCUGCUUGAGGAGGUGCCGUUUAAGAACUAUCCACCUUGGGUGGUUCAAAAACUCCGCCCACAAGCUGUUGACUUGAUUCGCAGAGUUCACAAAUGGGUGGAAAACGAAUGUAUACCGGCAGAGCCGAUCCUGAAGGCUCAGUUGGCUCAGGGAAAGUCGCGAUGGGUCACGCCUCCUCUGAUCUAUGAACUUCGGAAGAAGGCCAAAGCCCAGGGCCUAUUCAACAUAUUCCUUCCCAACCACUUCAAGGAAUCCCCGGGAUUGACGAAUCUGGAAUACAGCUGCUGUGCGGAGCUGAUGGGACGAGUGUACUGGGCAGCGCAAACCAUGAACUGCCAUGCUCCGGACACCGGUAACAUGGAGCUACUUGCCAAAUACUGCAGUGAGGAGCAGAAACAGAAGUGGCUGAAACCACUGAUGGACGGAGAGGCCUUCUCGGCUUACUCCAUGACCGAGCCAGACGUCGCUAGCAGUGAUGCUACGAACAUCUCAUGCCGCCUCACGCUGGACAAGUCGACAAAUGAGUAUGUCAUCAAUGGCAGAAAGCUGUAUGGCAACGUGCUGUGGAACGACGAAGUCAAAUUCCACAUCCUCAUGGCAUGUAGCGAUCCCGGAAAUCCUAACCCCUGGCGUCGACACACGAUGAUUAUUGUGCCGCGAGACACGCCUGGCCACAGGCAGGUUCGCAAUCUGAGUAUCAUGGGUUACGAUCAUGCUCCCGAUGGACAUGGAGAGUAUAUCUACGAAAACGCUCGCGUUCCAGCAGAAAAUGUGAUUUGGGGCGAAGGUCGGGCUUUUGAUAUUGCUCAAGGUCGCCUAGGCCCCGGUAGAAUUCACCACUGCAUGCGUCUCGUUGGCCAGGCAGAGCGAGCCUAUGAGUUUGCUUUGUUGCGGUGUAUGGAUGAGCGCAAGAAGCCAAGAGGCAGGUUGAUCGGCUCUUUCGACAGCAACAUAGAAAGAAUUGCCCAAAUGAGGCUGGAGAUCGACUCGAUGAAGCUGGUAGUCAUGAAUGCUGCUGAUACAAUGGAUAUCAGGGGGAACAAGGCAGGAAGAUAUGUCAUCGCCCAGUCAAAGAUAAUGGUCCCGGAAAAGCUGGCGGCGGUGAUUGAUGAUUGUAUGCAGAUGUAUGGCGGUCAAGGGCUUACUCAGCACACGCCACUGCCAGAGAUGUGGACAUACGCUAGGUUUGUGCGACUGGCAGAUGGGCCCGAUGCUGCUCAUCGACAUCAGGUCGGGCGUGAUCAACUAAAGGCUGCCAAGAAGGAGAAUUUGGUCAGCAAGUAUGAAGGUUAUCGAGACCGUGAACGCGAUCUGCGGAAGUUGUGGAAGAUGGAAGGGCUAGACGACGAGUUUGACUGGGAGUACAUACCGUUGGCGUCAAGCAGCAAGUUGUAA